AGGGCUGAUUGUGGAGAAGGAAGGAUGCUUGGCAGCGGCUCCAUCCUAGAAGCCAUUGCAGCUUUUACCUGCAAGAACGGAAGAGCCCAAAACCAGGCCCAGAGGCCAGCUGCUACCAGAACCCCAGAAGUGUGUGGUGCUGAGGAGCCUGGAGACCCUGAUAUUACAUGGAGUGUUGCAGCAGGAGAGCUGGAUUUUGAUACAAUGAGACCCACCCGCCGACUCCUUCUAGUCGGGGAAGGAAACUUCUCCUUCUCUGCCUCCUUGUGUGAUGCAAGCAAUCGUGAGACUCACAUCACUGCCACUUGCUAUGAGAGCGAAGAGAGAGUUUCCAGACAGACACUUGCUAAAACGAACAUACAGCAUCUGAGAGGGAAAGGGGUUGAAGUUCGCUUUUGUGUGGACUGUACCAAACUGAAGGAUUCCUUUUUGCCAACAAAGAGAAAUUUUGAUUGCAUUUAUUUCAAUUUCCCUCACUGUGGAAGGAAAGCUGGGGUGACAAAGAAUAGAGAGCUUCUUACGAAGUUUUUCUGUAGCUGUGCAGACGUGCUCGCAGAGAAGGGAGAGGUCCAUGUGGCUCUUUGCAAAGGGCAGGGAGGGACGCCUGCUGACCAGCCGAUGAGAGAGUGGCACAACAGCUGGCAAGUUGUGGCUAUGGCAGCGGGAGCAGGAUUUAUCUUGAGUGACGUUCAUCCCUUCAACUUAGAAGAUGUUCACGGAUAUAAGUGCACUGGCUACAGGAGUCAGGAUAAAUCUUUCUCUGUAGAAGGUGCAUUAAACCACAUCUUCACUCGGGGCUUGCCAUUUCCACAUCUCAGGCCUGUGAUCUGCCAAACUGAACUGGAGGGCAAGAGGGUUUCCAUCCAGGUUCCAGAAAUAUUUGUGGAUAAAAUUAACAGGCGUUUCCUAGAUACCAAUUCAGAUCAUCCUGUAAGAACUAUAAAUGAAAAGCUCAUUGCUCAACUCAGCCAAACCUUCCCAUUACAAAGGGUUGACCACUCCCUGUCUCUCCUGCACCAAGGCCGCCUAAGUGCUGUUUCUCAGUCAAACGCCUUUUGGAUCAUUCCCAACACAAAGGAAAAUCCAAACUCUGAUCCUAUAGGUAAGGGAACAGCAAGAGGUGUCUUAUUUUGUGGCGUUCAUUUCUGCAGGGACAUAGACCAAGAUGACAGAAUGAAGGCUCAGGAAGGUGACCAGCUCUCAGAACAUUAUCUUAGAUCUUCCCUUCUGGUUCAUGUUCAGGAUGUGAUACGAAGGCUGAGCUUUCUCCCUGGGACUCUGCAUGUUCUCAGUGGGCCUGUCUUUAGGAAGUGUCUGAUCUCUCCGCACACUCUGCCUAUUUUUCAUGAGACUCUUUUUAUGUGUGCAGUUGACAAGGGUACAGAGGGCAGCUGUAUCCAGAUGCUUAUGGAUAAUAUUAAAAACACUAUAAGUUCUCUGCUCCCAUCUCUUUCAUGUUUUACAUUGAACUCCACAGUAGAAGCAAAAAGCUCUGAAACAAUUGAGCUAAAUGAUUCAGUCAGGCUUGACCCUCAGCUUGAUAAAACUCAAUAUUUCAUGUGUGUGAAAACUGACACUUCAGACUCCAAAGCCAGUGGCUCUUGCAUAGGAGCCAUAUCAGCAGCUCCCUGUGGGCCAAUAAACAGUGAACUGGGCAUUGUGUGCGCAUCAGUGAAUCUUGACCUGGUAGCCAUGCAAAUUUGUGGAAUUUUUGAUUGGCGAAUGCUGUGGACUGUAGAUGAGCGUUUUCUGAAUCAGUUUAUUGGAGGAAAGUUAGGACCUUUCAAGAGCUUUUCACUCUAUCCACCUUCCUAUGUGCAUGAUGUCAGCUUCUGGGUUCCUGAGUGUGAACAGUUUGAUGAAGUUGCAUUUCACACUAUUGCCAGGUGUGUGUCACAGGAAACUGUUGUGUCCAUUCAACUCCUUGACCGCUUUCAGCAUCCACAAACUGGACGAAUCAGCCUCUGCUACAGACUAACCUUCCAGUCCUGUGACAAGGCUCUUACUCGCCAGCAGGUGGCAGAGAUGCAGAUGCAGUUUAGAAAGGAGAUACAGCAAUGUUUGCACAUAACUCUUAGGUAAAUUAUUGUAUGCUAUUUUCGGACCUUCAUCAACAGCACCACUUUGCUGUGAGAAGCCUGGACUUCAUGUUGUGUGGUCCCUUAACACUGUGUGUUACUAUUAUGUUUAGCUAAAUUCUGCCUCUUAUAAAGGCUGUGCGAUUAAUUUAAAAUGUUACAUACCUGCCUUUAAUUCUACUCUCAAAAAUAAAUUCCAGCUGCCUUCCCCUUGUCUGACUGUUGAAAUGCCAGUUCUCCAUGGGUGUUUUCUUUAUCAGGUUUCUAGAAAAAGGUGGAGUUAGAAGUGAUUCUGCUCAUUUGUGCCAAAGGUGGGUUUAAGUUCAUGUUCUGGACAAGUCUGCCAAAUGUUGCUUGAUUAUAUUCAGCCAGAAGCACUUAUUAAUGGCCACUCUGAUUAGGUACACUUGAAAUAGGAAAACUUCAACAGUUGCCCAUUACUUGUUUAAAAUGUCUGAGCAUUUUUGGGUCCAGCCAGGGAGGCUUAAGGGGUCUCACUACAAGAAGUCAACACAUGUCUGAACCCAAGAAUUCCUCAGAGUUGUGGCAUCCCUUUCUCUAGAAGGGAUAGAGCAGAAGUUGCAUAAUCUAUGGCAGUGGUAGGUACAUUCAGGGGUUGAAGUUGGCUCUUUUGAGUCUCUAAUAGGUGCAGCUCCUGGAGGGAGGAGCUGGAAAUAUGAUGCCCUGUUUGAUCCUAGUUUUUUUUGACAGUUUUGUUUACAGUUUAGGAAUUGAUAAUAGGUGCAAGGCAAGACUGGGGCUGCUCAGGAGAAUAACCCAUGAAUAACAAACCAUGCUGUGUAUGGAUGGUAUAUGUAGCACCCAUACCAUCAUACUAUGGUGCAUAGCAUAAUUAUAAUAAAGGACAGUGUUCUUACUAAACAACUGUAACUGGUUUUGGAUUGUCCUAGAAUUUUUCAAUUUCAUAAGAGGAGGGUGGCCUACUUAAGAGGCAUUCUACCUACACCCCUGGCCUGGGGAGACUUAGUUUCAUGCUUAAUGGGGUGCACUUUGCACCCAGCCCCUGGCAGACUGUUGUUCACUUAGUGUACAGCGGCAUGUGCUUCUGUGCACCCCUUUGCACAGUUAGACUCACUGCAGACAAGUGGUCUUUUUACACCCCCUUGCAGUGUUAGACUUGCACACACUCAUUGCACAGUGCGGCAUCUUUUAUACCCUACUUGC